AUGUCUUCCUCGUAUUUGCUAGCAGUAUUGUUUCUUGGAGUGGUGUUUCUGACCACUCACUCUCUUGCUGAUGAAGAUACUUACACCCCCAUUUACAAGCCACCUCCUUUGGAAAAACCCCCAAACCCAUAUCACAACCCUCCCAAGCCAACUGUCCCUAUUUACAAACCUCCAGUGUUUCCUAAACCUCCAGUGCAUGAACCACACCCACCUUAUGGGAAACCACCGGUGUACGGGAAGCCACCACCUGUAUACGUGAAGCCACCUCCUGUGAACCAGAAGCCACCACCUGUGUACGUGAAGCCACCUCCUGUGAACCAGAAGCCACCACCGGUGUACGAGAAACCACCACCUGUGUACGUGAAGCCACCUCCUGUGAACCAGAAGCCACCACCGGUGUACCAGAAACCACCACCUGUGUACGUGAAGCCACCUCCUGUGAACCAGAAGCCACCACCGGUGUACGAGAAACCACCACCUGUGUACGUGAAGCCACCUCCUGUGAACCAGAAGCCACCACCGGUGUACGAGAAGCCACCACCGGUAUACGUAAAGCCACCACCUGUGUACGUAAAGCCGCCACCAGUUAACGAGAAGCCACCACCGGUUUACGUGAAGCCGCCACCUGUCAAUGAGAAGCCACCACCAGUGUACCAGAAGCCACCACCAGUGUACCAGAAGCCACCACCCUACUACAAGCCACCACCUUACGGCCACUACCCUGGACACCCUCCAGUUGAGAAUUAA